AUGAUUUCAAGCUACAUAGGCCUCAAUGACACGACGUCUCCCACACAGGACAUCUUCGACAGCUGUCCCUUCAUACCACCAGAUCCAUGGGACCCAGAAAUCGUCAACUACAUCGACGUGAAGUACGGCUUCUUCAAUAACUGCAACAUAAACCCAAAAUGGUCGCCGAUCACUGAACUUCGACAUGGUCAUGUGCGAAUAAUGCGUGCAGGCAGUUCACGAAAGUACGAAUGUCGAGCGAGAUGUGUAAAUUAUUUGGACGAAGAACAUGUGUCAUUUGAUCCAUGGCGAGACAUCGACGAUCCGCUGCCAUUUCUCUGCGACUUCGUCCAUACGGAAUGUACGUCGAGGAAAAGGACCAUUUCUCAUGUGCACAUGCAGAUAGCUGAACUGAAUACCAAAUCGGUUCAUGCUAAUAUACAUCCUCAUGUGCACAUAAUUCUUUUGGACUCAGUCGCCUCUUCUCAAGCCAUCAGGUGUGAUCUUUACUAUUCCAAGACUUUGUGA